GUAAACAGCAUCACUGUACAUCCAGAAACAUUUGACUGUACUUCUUUUCCACUGUGGCCAUAUAUUGUGCUUCAAUUUUAUCGCAAUUAAAAGACAAGCAUGGCCAUGAAUACAACAAGCAACACGACCACGACUGACGAUCAUUAUGGUGAUUUUCAACCAGAUGACGCUACAUGGAUUUUGACCAGCGCCUUCAUCAUUUUCACGAUGCAAUCAGGUUUCGGCCUUCUCGAGGCUGGCAUUGUCUCCAGGAAGAACGAAACGAACAUCAUGGUGAAGAACGCAAUCGAUGUUAUUUAUGGAGGGCUUGCCUAUUGGAUAUUUGGGUUUGCAAUCAGCUUCGGAAACGAUGAACUAAACAACAGAUUUAUGGGUUGGGGAGACUUCUUCGUCGAUUCCGUUGGUGAGGAUUUUGGUAUAUUUGCGAAGUACUUUUUUCAGUUGUCCUUCGCCACAACUGCAACGACUAUUGUCUCCGGAGCGAUGGCUGAGAGGGUCGCUAUCAAUGCGUACAUCGCGUUCUCUUUUGUAAACACGCUAUCUUAUUCCUUUCCCGCGCAUUGGGUGUGGGACGAUAAAGGGUUUCUAAAAGAGAUGGGAGUAGUUGAUGUGGCUGGGUGUGGUCCCGUCCAUCUCGUCGGAGGUGUCGCCGCAAUUGUUGCGGCAAUUAUGCUCAAACCGCGAAAAAACAAGUUCGACGAGCACGGAAAACCGCGUGAAAUUCAAAUGGCAUCCCCCACAAAUGUUUUGCUAGGAACAUUUAUGCUGUGGUGGGGGUGGUUAGGCUUCAACUGUGGGUCGACGUUUGGAAUCUCGGGAAUAAAGUGGAAACUUGCUUCCAGAUCGGCUGUUGUUACCAUAAACGGCUCAGUUGGUGGAGGUGUAUUCGCUAUGAUUUACAGCUAUGUAUAUCACAAGAAAAAGCUGCUUAUAAACAUCUUCGUUGUUGGUAUUCUGGGAGGAUUAGUUUCCGUAACAGCUAUUUGUGCUGUUUGCAGACCGUGGGAAGCUUUAAUAAUUGGUGUCAUCGGCGCUGCAGUUGCCACAGGAGGUACGGUCAUGGAGGAUAGGCUGUGCAUCGAUGAUCCCGUUGGAGCAUUUCCAACCCAUGCUUUGGCUUCGGUGUGGGGUCUCAUCGCCACUGGCCUCUUUUGUGAACGCACACCAAAAUUUGCUGAGCAUGCCGGUUUGUUUAAAGGGGGAAGCUGGAAAUUUCUAGGUGUCCAACUGCUGGCGUCGGUGAGCAUAAGCGCUUGGGCAGCUUUUACAACUAUCAUUAUGCUCUACAUCAUCGACAAGAUAUUUGGCCUUCGCAUGAGUGAAGAAGAAGAGGAGGUUGGAGCAGAUUUCUUCGUCCACAACAUACGCGGCCAGGUAACCAGCAACCAGGCGGCCACACAAGCAGAGACGUUGACCGAAAACGAAAAUGGCAACACGACCGGAAGAAACCAAGCGACAUCGCCUGCUCAUACUAACGGCGGAAACUCAAACUCGCAAGAGAGCUACGCGAUGGAAUGUCCACCGUUUGACAUGCAAAAUCUCCAGGAAAUAAAUUCAAGACAUUCGUCUGGACAACGUAACAUGCAAAGCCUCGGGAUUGGAGCUAGUAAAAACGGAAUCACAUUUAGAGUCGCUCCAUAUCUGGAAUCUCAGGCGUCAUUGCCAAAAGGAACAAGUAAUUGCGGCUAUCACAGUAGCUAGACCUCCCAGUGGUUUCCAAAUGCAACCGAAUAGAAACAAUAACAAUUGUUAAUUUGGGUUGCAUUCCUGUUGGCACCGAUUAUGCCAUAAUUAUAAGCUCUAAGUAACUGGGUGGAACCAAUGCCUUCAAUUACCACGCUCAUUGUGAGCGCAAAAACUGUAUAAUCUUGCACCAUUCUUGGGAUAGGCAAUUAUAGUAUUUGGUGCACAAUGUGCAGUAUAUGUAAAAAAUUGUUGCAUGGAUAAUUAUCGUAUGAAGACCAAUUCAGCUCAGUUUUGCGGUGAAGAUAUGACGUUAGAUUCAUUCCAGUGGAAACGACCAGUAAAUAAAGGCGGAUUUCCACUUACAGCGAUAUCGUUCGCUAGCGAAAUAUUUGCAUAUUUCCUUUUGAUUUUUAACAGCAUAAGUAA